ACGAAUCUUGGAACACUCAACCUGUCAUAGCUGGUUCAGAUUCUGAACACGAUGAUCGCAGUGAUGUGCUUUGUCUGACGUGGACAGUCUCAAUGAUUCAUUUAUCUCCAAGUUGGACAAUGAGCUUGCAAAGGCAAAAUGAAGUGAUCAAUCGCCAUCGGAGGUUCAGAGACUCGGAGCGAUUCGAAAGAAAACAGGAAUCAGCUAAUGAUGUUCAACAAGCUGCCAUUCCCUUGUUUUUGACAGAAUCUGGGCCAUCGACAGGCUCUCAGCCAUUUCCGUUGACUCAACCUGCUCAAUCCAAUAGCAUCAAAACGGCGUCAUUCCGUAGCAGUCGACUCGGCGGAGUGCCAGCUGGUACCGCCAUCCGAUUCCUAAAGUCGAAGACUGCAUUAUCGUCCCCACCCGAAUUUGUGUCAGUCAGCGAGGCGGAUGUCUUGUGGCGCACUCGACCACACGUUGACGACCCUUUUACACUGGAGCAUAUCAAUCCCUGGGACUCUCGCUAUUCCAUGAAGCCCGCUAACCUCCAGCUCAUGUGAGGAGGGUCAGUUACCAUUUCCCAAACAAUGUUUGACAAGUGACCGGGUCUAGUAUUUGUUGAUGACAGGCAUGCUAAUUUGGUACUAGUUUUUGUCAUUUCUCGUGCAUUGCAGUACAUACCACUAUCUCAUCCUCAUCCUCAUCUCAUUCCGUACUUAUACCUUGCAUCCUCGCGAUGCCUCACCUAAUGAUGUCUUGCAGGAGUCACGUACAUGAUUUACUUCACACUCUUUGAAUGCAAACAUUGACGACUAAGUACGAAGGACGCGUUGUCUC